CUCUCAAGCCAUACCUGGAUUUUCCUAUAGAUAACAAAUGAAUAAACACAAGUGUAAUAAAAUCUGUAUUCGCCUCUUUGAUCUCUAGCAACCCGGAAUCCCAGAGGUCGAAUUUGAAAGAAUUGGGAACGGACAGAUAAUAGUCAAAGACCCAGUCAGCGUAGUUAUGGCUGCUUUUCUAGGCCUUGCUCAAUCGAGUUUAUUAAAGAAUGUCUUAGCAGUGUUUAUACUGAAAAACAGAAUGAAAAUUAGCAGAAAAAAUCUGGAAAAGAAAAUUGAUGAAGCUAAACAGAUCUGCAAAUGAGAAAAUGCUUCUCCAGGUGUAAGUCUUCUACUUCUGAAGCAAUACCCACAGUGCUUGUGGUCACAGAUAUCCGAAGAAGAGCUAUCCCAGUACAAAUCCUUUGUGUACAUCAAGUGAUCUCUUUCGAUGAGCAACUGUGACAACCACGUACCUAUAAUUAUCCCCCAUAUGAUCUGCCAUUCCUAGCUUGGC